AUGGUGGGAAUUGUAGUGAAGAUAACAAAUUACGUAUUAAUUGGCGUUAUAUGUUUCGUCUACAUACAUACAUAUUAUGUAUGUAAUACGCAUAUAGUGACGUUGUCAUUAAAAGAAAACAUUGAUGCACAUAAACUAUUUAAAGUAUCACGUUUAAAAAUGUUCAUUGUUCCAGUUGCUAUUUCCUCCAGGGUGUCAUAAGUCAGGGUAUCUAUAUGAGAUUUAUAGAUGUCCAUUCCUAUUGCUAAAGCAUCUACUAAAAUUUAGUUCAGAACAUCUGCGAUUUUUGUCAUUUUUCAAGUUUUAUGUUAAAUUAGUAAUUAACAAAUCAAUUUAUUUUUGCUUCUCCAUACUUCGAGGUAACUAGUGGAUAAUUAAGUCACUUUGGAACAUACUAAAAUUUCAAACAUUUAAUUUAAGUUUCAUGAAACAAGAUGUAGAUAUCAUAAACCCUGCAUUUAUUGAGUAAUGCGCAACAAGCUUAUAACAAACCUUGACUUGUUCCAUGGAAAUAUAAUUAAUGACAAGGCACGUGGGGUUCGAGAUAUUUCUUAGAAUUGACGAAUGUUAUUCAUCAACUUGAAUUUAAAUAAAUUCAAAUUUCAAUAUUAUACAAUGCUUGGGUGGGUAUUUAAGCGAACGAUCCGCAGACCCGUAUGCCCAUGCUACAUAAAAUUCCAUUACAUACCCCUGAACUCCUGAACUGAAGUUUUUUUAAACGAAAAAAACGUCGAAAAUGAAAGCAAUCUUUUGGUUGACCAUUUUGGUCCUGAUAAUCCUUGCAAUUCUUGACGUUAAUACGGUUGACGCAGCUUGUAACGGCCUUCGUCGGCUGAGCUGUCAUGUCCAGUGCAACAGGAAAGGGCUGCAGUGCAUUUGGCCGGAUGGAAACUGCAAAUGUGAAACGUUUUAAAAUAACUGGAAUGAAAUGAUAUCAAAAACUGUCAUUUAUCUGCGCUAAAAUUAUGUAUGCAUGCUUUGCUGGAAACCAUAACUUGAAGUAACAUUCAAUCAAAUCUGAAAAACAGCCAAUAUAAGAUCUAUGGAAAUGCAUGGAAUAAAAAAUUAGCUCUUGGAUUUAAGAAAAACUAACAUUUAAUCCCAAUUAAUUAUUAUUCAAUUAAUUUAAUAACUGUAUCUAACUACUGAAACUAAAUAAGAUUUAGUAAAAUAACUAAAUUGCAUGCAUAUUUAAUUUUCAAAUUUCACUUUUUUGAAAUAUUUUCAUUUUGAGGGCGUAAUCCAAACUCGUUAUUUGUCUCCUUUAUAGUUCUAUCACCUACUACGUAAAUAGUUUUAUAAAAAUAGCAAAAUAUUUUAUUAUUGAAAUAUGUUUCAUUUGAAUCUCCGUAAAUAAAUUAUAAAUUACAUAAUCUAACCUGUAGAAUUUGUAACUUGUUGUAAAAUGUUGUUAAUUUUUAGAAGCAUGCAUACCUUAAUUUAUUCUUGAACAAUUUGGCACUUUCAUAUCGGAAUAAAACAUUACUAAUUUUAUCACAUUUGAGUAUAAAAUUUUCGUACAUACAAUGGGGAUACAUACGUUUGCUGAAUCUUGAUUUAAGGUAUACUUAUGUAUGUGUGUGCAUGUAUGUAUACAUAGGUGCAUGCACAUAUACAUAAAGCUGUAUAAAGCUGUAGCUAUAGCUACAUAAAUGAAUACAUACAUACUAAAUAUACAUGCAUCACGUAUGUAUGUAUAUCGAUACAUACUUAUUUACACACAAUUUAUUUCAUUGUUGCGCUAAAUGCAAUGGAGGACACGUAGCUGAAUCAAUAGCUUGAAAUGCGCCGAACCUAUGUUGAAAAUAUAAACAAUCAAUAAAUACACUCUGUUUUUGUAAAAUAAGACCUUCCAAUAUCCUGGAAUGUAAACCCAGCAGAGUAAAAGUGAGGGAUACAGAAAAGGGUCUCAUAAAAAUACUGCCCAGUCUAUUAUUCACAUACUUCCACAAAGCAACAAUAGUUAGUGUCGCAUUUAUUGUACAUUUACAUAAGUCAAACUGAUUUGAACAGUCUAAAAUUUGGUCACUGAAUAUAUAUUUCCGAGCUAAAUUGCUAUCUACUUAUUGUUUUUUUAGAUUGUCGACACGUUAUUGGUUAGUGUAUUAGUUUAGUUAUUAUUGCAAUAUCGUCCAAAAAUUGAUUUAGAGGAUUAAAGGUGUGGUAUCUUCCUGAUUUUUUUCAAACGAACGUUGAUAUCUUUCGUAAAUUUUCAAAUAAGGAUAGAUUAAUUUCUUUACAAUUUUGAGCAUACAGUCACACAAUCUUUCAAGUUAGAGGGAACGUCCUUCGAAGCAGUGAAGGAAUUUAUCGUGGUCAUUUACUUUUGUGAAAUUGACACCACCCUCGAAAUUAACCUGCUCUUGGAGGUGCUAUCGCUCUGCGACAAAUUCUUGCGGGACGAGUUUUUGGACCAGUGUUUGAUCCACGUGGUAGAAAAUAUUACGAAGGAUAAUUGUGCCGAAAUUUGCGAGACGCAUUUCGUCAUGCCAAGAUGUCAAGUAUUAUUUGAUGUGGCGUGGGAAUAUUUAAAGUGGAGUAUUAUUCGCGAGCAGAUUGGUGGUACAUGCGACUCGAAAGGAAUAUAGCUGAGCUCAGAGAUUAUGAUAACGCUACUUGGAAUGCUUAAAAUAAGUCUUGCAUUGAAUGUAAUCACUUGCAAUUUUAACAGCCUGUCAAAACUGUGGCUAUAAAAGUUUAUUCCCUUCGUAUUUAUAAUCAAUUUAUGAAUUACAUAAAUGUAUUAAUAUUUACGUAUGUAGUAAUAAAAUAUUAUGAUUGUAGCAAAGCAAUAUAAAAAUCACGCUCUUCGUAAUGCUAGAUGUGUAUGUAACUUGCCUUAAUUUAACCCUGAGGUUUUCAUAUUUGGAAGAAACAAUAGGUUCAGUUAAGUAUAUGCAUAGCUAUUUAUAAGGGAAAAUCGUACAACAUUUAAAUAAAUACAUUCGUCUGGCCUUGAUAUGUUUUUGAAAUUGAAUUCUAUUCUGCAAUGUCGCGGUCCUUGCAAAGAAAACUUCAAUCUUUUUUUAGUUUUUUUACCCGGACACGUCGUAACAAAUGAAUUACAAUUUAACGACUCAGAUUGUUAGUUAAUAAUCAAGAUGCAACCACUUUGUUGCAUGCAAUUCUCCAUAGUUUUCAUUACUCUGGGAAAUAUCGCGAUUCUACAUGGAUUUGUCACAAUUUCCAACAGCGUGGAAGAUGUCCACUUUUACUUUCACAGUGAUGAGAGCACGGUUAAGGAGAUCAAAUUCAAAGAGGCAUCAUCAGUUGACGCCCAGUUCUCACCCAGGAAGUUCACAAUUUUAAUCAUCCAUGGAUUUUGGAGUGACAAAGACUCUGAGAUGCCAACAAUGCUUACAAAAGCAUACCUCGAGAGUUCCGUGGAGGCCAACAUUAUCGUCGUCGAUUGGGGCAAGUUAGUCACCACGAAAUCAUCCGACGAUAAAGAUAAGGUUCACGCCUACUUCGACGCUCUCACUAAUUUUCCCCUCGUGGCGCAACGGAUCGCAGAUUUUGUCAUGUGGCUAAAAAAACUUGGUCACCUGAAAUACGAAAAGGUCCAGCUUGUCGGCCACUCUCUCGGUGCUCACACUGCGGGAAUGGCUGGUUCCAUUAUUUGGGACAGAAUUGGUCGCCACAUCAAAAGAAUUAGCGGUCUUGACCCAGCCGGGCCUGGAUUCGAGUUCAGCAUCGGGAUUCCUGACUUGAAAAACUUUUCGAGAAAGCUUAUUCGACAUGAUGGAGAGUUUGUAGACGUUUAUCAUACCUCGAUGAGUACGAAGGGUGACUCAAGCAUUGAUGGACAUGUCGACUUUUAUCCGAAUGGUGGCGUCAAACAACCAGGAUGUCCGGACAACGAUAUUCACGAAACCUGUGACCAUGCCAUUGUAGUGGAUUACUUUGCUAAAACGAUAACUGGAAGGACAUGGGAAGCUUGUAGGUGUAUCCUGCCUCCCCCUCUCACCAAUGGAAAAAUUAGACAAUGCAUGCCAUGCAAACCUGACGCAGCAACAGUUCUGCCAGGACAAUUCACACCCAGAAAGUAAAUAUGCCAUGCUCCCUAACAGACUCUGACGCGUGGGCAAUUUCGUUUCGAAACGGAGGAUUGAACACGUACCAGUUUUUUUCUAAACAUUUGCUCACGAUUUAUUAAAUUAGACUACAAAUUAUUUAGUUUGCACACAACAUACUAAUGUAUUUCUUAUCAUUAAACGAAAUUUCAACCUAUACUAUUUAUCAUUAAUUACAUAUAUCAGACAUUUAAAAAAUACAA